AUGGAAUUAUGGAAGUUUGUACUGUUUCUGUGUGCAGUGAAUCUUGUUGCUGCACAACAAAAAUACUACGGAACACAUAUCAGUCGUCUGUCUGAGUUACAUCAUAGUGUAUCUGGUGAUGUAUAUGCUGUUGAUUCUCGGACAUUAUUUAUUAAAUCAUUCAAUUAUGAUGGCGAGGGACCAGCUGCAUACUUUUAUGUUGGCAAUUCUCGAACGCCCAGCAAUACAGGAGGUUUUAGAAUUCGUGAUGAGCGUGGCAGCAGCGGAGUAUUAAAGCGUUAUAGAAAUAAGGACAUUACAUUGACAUUGCCCGAAGGAAAGACACUGAGAGAUGUUAAGUGGUUUUCAGUUUGGUGCGAUGAAUUCUCUGUCGAUUUUGGUAAUGUUGUGAUUCCGAAAAAUCUUGACUUUCCGAGGCCACAGAAAAUUGCUGGGUUAAAUGGCAUCCAUGCUGUUCAUUCCGACAAUAUUGUAAUUGUUGAUGCUCAAACAUUACUGAUUCCCAACUUUUCAUAUGAUGGAGCUGCACCGGACGCAAAAUUCUGGGUUGGUCGUGGUCAAAAACCCUCACCAAGUGGACUUAAAAUCCCUGAUGAAAAUGGCAAAGAAGUUCCACUGAGACGCUACGACAGAAAAACAAUCGUUUUAACUUUACCCGGCGACUUAACAGUCUUUGAUAUCGGACAUUUCGGAGUUUGGUGUGAAGCUUUCACGGUAGAUUUCGGGCAUGUACGCGUUCCGGAGAAAAUCAAUGUACCGCCAUCAUUAAAGAUGUUAGGAAUAAGUCCACAGUCAAAACUCAACUGUGAGGUCUUGCACGAUGAUUUAGCAUUCGAAGUUCGAUGGGCUGUUGCUGGCGAAAGUAUUGUGAUUCAAUUAGUGGCAAAACUUGAUGAUAAUGAAUAUAUGUCAUUUGGUGUAUCGCCUGACACACAGAAUAGUAUCAUGGUUGGAGGUGACGUAGUUGUUGCGUGGGUAAAUCGUGGAAAUGGAAAAGGAUAUGCACAAGAUUACUUCUUGGAUGCUAAAUCACAAUGUUCAGGAAAUCGUGGGUCAUGUCCGGAUACAAGAUUAAAUGAGAAUACAAACUCAAUUCGCCUGUUGAAUGCAGCAAUCGUGAAUGAUUACUCAAUUGUGACAUAUCAACGUCCACUUAAGGCUGCUGAUUCCUUUGAUCGUCCAAUUCUUACUAAUGGAUCUCAAGCAAUUAUUUGGGCUAUUGGUCCAUUGAACCAACGAUUUGAGGUUUCAUAUCAUUCACAAUACUUGAAGAAAAAUAAACUCAUUGAUUUUGGACGUCAACCAUUCUGGAACUGCCCAAUUCCUGAUGGAGAUGUAAAACCAUUUUUGACUGACACAGGAAGUGAAAAAACACGUCCACAAACACAAAAAUUGAAUCAAAAUCAAACAAACAACAGGAAACCAGUCGGAAGUCAAGACAGAGUUGACACUCCACCUCGUCGCCAACCAACACCAACACAGCCUGCAAAACCAGUAAUCACAACACAACGUCCAGUUCCAACACCAAAAGCCGCAUCAAAGAAAGAUGCGUGGGAAAUUCCUCCAAUUCAAUGUCACGAACCUGAGGAUGGAGUAUUUUAUGCACAAAUGGGACCUACUGGUGGAAAACGAGGAUAUCCAGCAAUCACAGGACAUGUCGGUUGGGGUAUCUCUUGGUACAUCAAUGGCCUCUUGAUCCCUGAAAUCAAUGUUGUAAGAGGAAAGACCUAUACUUUUGUUGUUGAAGGAGGAAACAACCCAGAUGUGCCUGCAAACUACCAUCCAUUUUACAUUACUGACGAUCCUGUUGGAGGUUAUGAGUACAAGACAAACGAGGAACGUGAAAAAAUAAAAAUAUUCGCGGGUGUUCAACGUGCUCGAGGCAAUGGCAAAGUAACUCCAUCAGGCGUUGGAAGAAUUUGUAAUUGGACACCAGAUCUCAAAGGACCAAUAGCUGACGAAUAUCCAAGCUUUGGUGCAUAUCAAAGAAGUCUUACAUUGAAGUGCGAUGAGGGAGAACCAGGAAUUAUCACAUGGACACCAGAUAAGAACACACCAGACACAGUCUAUUAUCAAUGCUUUACACAUCGUCAUCUUGGAUGGAAAAUUAAUGUCGUUGAUGGAUGUGAUGGUGAAGUACAAGCAAGUGAACGAAAGGAAAUCAUAAUUGAAGAUUUUGAAGCAGAACCAUCGAUAAGGCACGAAUCUAAAGUCUACCCAAGUGACAAUUUUUUAAAGCAGCACGAAAAGGAUUUAAUCAAACAUCAUAAUAUGAAUGAAGCACCACCGAAAAGCAUUAAUGGAACGGAAAUCCCAAAUGAAUUGAGUAAGCUGAUUGCUGAAGGAAUCAAGACUGCAGAAGCAUUGGAGGCACAACUCGCAAAGGAUCAAAAAGUAAAUAAGACUAGAUUUGAUGGUGAUGUGCUGAAUCAUGAACAAAAAAUUCCACCAACAGAAAUAAAGCAUCAUAAUCUCAGAAGACCAGUUCCACCUUUGGGUCCACUUCCUCAACUAUCUCCUCGUCCACACUAUUCAUCAUCUCAAAUUCCAAUUUAUUUAAGACCACCACAAUCACAGCUUUAUCAGACAUACCGUCCAUUAAAAGUUCCAAUCUCAAUGCAGCAAGGACGUCGUCCAUUACCAGUUCCAGUUCCUAUGUCAGUUGAGAAGAAUCAUCAUCGCAAUCAAUAUUUACUUCCACAACAAUCUAUUCAAAUUAAUCAUUAUAGAAAACCAGUUCCACAUAUGAGCAAUGUUCCACAUUUUGGAAAUAGAAACUACAAUAAGGGUAAAUUACCUCCACCACCUCCUCAACAUCAACCAAUCUCUUCAGGUCCACCAAAACCAGUUUUACUUCUUGGUGAGCCAACAGAAAUUAAGCCAUUUUAUAAAGGAUCUGAUGUUGUCGUAGGAAAACCAUCUAAAGGACAAAUUGAGUUGCAAACAGCAUUUAAGAAUAAGAAGAUUAAUGAGCAAUAUUUAAUUAAAGGAGGCAACAGAAAGCCAGAGAAAGCACCAGCAAGAUCUCCUUUCAAAGAGCCAUUUCAGGCAAAAAAUGAGUCACGACAAAUUGCUGAUUUAGCCACAAAUUCAGGAUUUAAGGCUGAUUCAAUAAUUGUAGAAAGUGGAUUCCGUCCAAUAUUCAGACGUGAAGAUGUCGAGAUUCUUAAUGAUGAUGAUGCAUCCUUAGAAUAUGAAAAUGACAAUGACAAAGUUUCAUUCACAAUUCCAAGCAUAUCAAGAAGAAGUGAUUCCGAUUUUCAUGAUGUAUACGAAGGAGAAGGUCAGUUUAUACAAGGUGAUCCACAAAGCUUCGAGCCAAUGUUUAUUCCAUCACCAGAAGAUGUAGUUGCAUUGCCUCUUGUAAAUUCAUCAUCAUCAAAUGAUCCAACUGACAUUAUGAUUGCUGAAGCGAGUGAUCGACAAGGUGUCUUAUACUUACCACCCCAUGAAGUCAAGAGAUCAGCAGUCCUUGAUCCAUUAGACUUGAAAGAUCCACUUCCUGCUGAGACGUUCCAAAAGCUUUCAUCAAAAACGAAAAAAUUCAUCCAAGAUAAUCCACAAUUUGUACCAUAUUCAGGCGAGUUGCCACGAGAUUUAAUGCUUCAGGUAUAUCGUGAUUCAUCCAUAAGUAAUCGAGAGAAGGGCCAAAAUCUUUCUGUUAUAUCGACUAAGUUAUCAGCUGUUAAUUCAAAUAUUGACACCAUUUGA